GUGUCGGUUCACAUCCUCUUCAGCAACUGUGCCCCCCCACUCCUGCGUUACAGAUCCUUCCUUCUCAAAGCUUCUCUCUACCAUCUCCUUCACCGCCUACUUUUCUCUGCCAGAUCCCGUGAUCCUUUCUGUCGCUGUGUUCAAAAAGCUUGAGGAAUAUGGCAGAUUGGGGUCCAGUGAUCAUUGCGGUGCUCCUGUUUGUGCUGUUGAGCCCGGGUCUUCUGUUUCAGAUUCCGGCGGGUGGCAGGGUAGUUGAGUUCGGCAACAUGCGUACUAGUGGUGCUUCUAUUCUAGUUCACGCCAUCAUCUACUUCGGCCUCAUCACCAUCUUCCUCAUCGCCAUUGGCGUUCACAUCUACACUGGCUAGUUAACUGUGCUUGUUCUUCGGAACUUUGCCGCCACUUGGGCCUGCAUGAAGUCAAGAUUUACUCUUACUGUGAUGAGGUUAUCAAUUUGAUUAUAGAGAUAUUAUCGACGGAGCUAGAUAUCUCUUAUAUGCAACAUGUUGAGUGCGCUUCACUUUGUGUUUAGCUUGUAAUGUUAAUGAUAGAAUGAGUAGUUUCUGUUAUUUUGACCAACCCCCAUCUUACUGUCAUGAGGUGGUGGGUGAUGAUGGUUCCUAUUUUUGUGUAACAAACUAUGUGUAAUCUCUUGAUUUACGUCUGUCAUUUUUCAUUUGAAAAAAAAAAAAGUGACCUUGAUUGUUACGCAGAAUAUGAUUCUCACUUACUUUCC